AUGGUGCCAAAUUGGAGAGCCGUCAGUGAACAGGCGCUGAAACUCCAUGCCUCCACGGUCCCCGGAUUCCUGGAAGACCGCACUACUCUGGUUCUAAUCAACCGAUACGGCAGUUCCACUCCGUUUGACACUGGGACCAGCGGGUAUAACCUCUACAUUUACACCAUGCACGAGACCCUCAUCAUCGACUGCCGUGAUCUCGAGCCGCCCAACACCUCGGUGGCGGUUCCCGACCUGUCGGCCAUCCUCCUCUCGGGCACGACAAGGGGCAUGGUUGGGUAUAGCCGAACUCUGCAAGACGCCAACUCGAUUUACGACUUGUUUCCCAUCGACGACGCCCUCGAGAAGCAGUACAAGGAAUCGCAAGCCCGCGACCCCAAGAUGCGGGAAUUUUGGAACUUUUCAGACCCCGAGUCUGAGGAUCGCCGCUAUUGUGUUCGAGCGAUCACGUUCACCGACGAGAGCAGGUGA